AGAGCGCUGGGACAAGACGGCUGUGCGCAUCAAGGGUCUUCGUACCGCUACGCACGAUCUCGCAGGGCCAUGGCAUCUCCUGCCAAAGGGAAAACAGAGCAGUCAGAGAAAGGUGACCUCCUGGAGCUCCCUGUAUCCCCCAAGCCCAAUGAUGAGCAGAGCAGGAGCCAGAGCCCCAUCCAGCUGGAGGACUCCCCUGAGGCAGGUGGGGAUCAGGAGGAGGAACAGGCCUUCCUGGUCAGCCUCUACAAGUUCAUGAAGGAGCGACACACGCCCAUCGAGAGGGUGCCACAUCUUGGUUUCAAGCAGAUUAACCUGUGGAAGAUCUACAAGGCAGUGGAGAAGCUGGGGGCCUAUGAGCUGGUGACAGGCCGCCGCCUCUGGAAGAAUGUGUAUGAUGAACUUGGGGGUAGCCCAGGCAGCACCAGUGCAGCCACAUGCACACGCCGCCACUAUGAGAGGCUGGUCCUCCCAUAUGUGCGGCACUUGAAGGGGGAGGACGACAAACCACUGCCCCCUACCAAGCCCAGGAAGCAAUACAAGAUGGCCAAGGAGAUGAGGGGAGAUGAUGGGACCACUGAGAAGCUGAAGAAGGCCAAGGAGUCAGAGGAGAGGCAGGGGGACCAGACCAUGCCAGGAAAGACCAAGUCAGAUGCCACAGUCCAGACACAGCUUCCCAGCCAGGGAUCCUCAAGGGAUAGCACAGAACAGCUAGGCCCAGUAUCUGGGCCCUCUCCACCAUUCAUGGGUGCUAGUAGCUGCCCUGAGGCCUACAAGCAGCUCCUGUCCAGCUUUUACUGCAAAGGGGCACAUGGCAUCAUGUCACCACUGGCCAAAAAGAAACUCCUAGCCCAAGUCAGCAAGGCAGAGGCCUUGCAGUGCCAAAAAGAGGGCUGUCGCCACGGAGCAAGAAGCCCCAACAAGGACCUUCAAGAAAGUCCCCAGAACCUGAGAGGGCUAGCUGAGAACUCUGAACACCAGCUAACCCCCCAGGAGGGACUGCAGGCCCCCGGUGGCAGUACCAGGAUGGAGGCACAGGUGGGCUCCUGCCAUACAGCCCCCACGUUCUCAGGCUGUUUCCAAGCAUACCCCACUGAAGUACUGAAGCCUGUCAGCCAGCACCCCAGGGACUUCUUCUCCGGCCUUAAAGACAGGGUGCUGGUGGGACCGCCUGGAAAAGAGGAAGGUCCGACAACCAAAGAGUCCCAGCUGGUGUGGGGUGGGGAUGCCAACCGCCCCUCUGCAUUCCAUAAAGGCAGCACAAGAAAAAGAAGUUUCUACCCCAAGCCCAAAGCCUGCUGGGUGUCUCCCAUGGCCAAGGUCCCUGCUGAGAGUCCUGGAGCCCCACCCCCUCAUCCCAGUAGCCCAGGUCUUGGCAAUAAGCAUGGCUUGGAAGAAGAGGGAUUUGCUCAUGGUGGCAAGAAACUGAGGGCAGUGUCUCCCUUUCUGAAGGAGGUGGAUGCCAAGGAGUGUGGGGGCAAGCCUGCAGCCCCUGGCUUGGCUGUAUCUUGUCUACUGGGCCCAGCCCUGGGGCCCACUCCUCCAGAGGCCUACAGGGGCACCAUGCUGCGGUGUCCUCUGAACUUCAGCAAUAGCCCAGACCCUCUGAAGGGCCAGGCCUCACUCCCCUUCAGCCCCCUGGUCAUCCCCGCUUUCCCAGCCCAUCUCCUGGCCACAACAGGCCCCUCACCUAUGGCUGCCGGCCUGGUGCAUUUCCCUCCCAUGCCCUACGACACUGUCCUCCGCAACAGACUGGGUCCAGCUUCGUCUGCCUGGCACAUGCCGCCCGUCACAACCUAUGCGGCACCCCACUUCUUCCACCUCAACACAAAACUGUAGCCUAUCCCGAUGUGCUGUGGAAGAUUUGAUGGGGCCUCAGAUGGGCAGGUGUUGCCACUUAUCUUAGGCCCGUGCUUCCCAGGCCAGUUAGCCUCCCCAAGUCUGUGUCUCCCUGGCACAGAUGAGGGGAGGCAGUGGGCUUGUCUGAAUGAAGCAGCCUGUGCCCGAAGCCAUGAGACCAAGUUGUGGUAAGGUCAUGAAAGUACCUGAGCUGGUAUUCUCUCUCCACUGAGAGGCUGGGGAGCUUGAUAACAGCUCAAGGCAUCCAGGUUGGCCAUGAAAGACCCAAUAAAGACACUGGUGUGACUGGGCACUGGUGUGAUUGAGGUGACUGCACUCAGCCCUGGGUGUACAGCACUGGAUGUUUGCAAGGUGGGGGUGAGGCAGGAGUGAGCGUGUAGGCAUGGUCAUCCAUCAGUGUGCAAGCAAAGAUGAAACAAGGCCAUUCUGGCCUGGAUGCUACCACCCCACUGGAGGGCAGGGCCAGAGCCAAACUCCGCCUCUUGUGCACAGAUGAACAGCCACAAUUCUUUUCGCUCCAGUUUCAAGGUACCUGACUGUUGAGGUUACCAUGGUGCGGAGCUCAGAGCACACCGGUGACCUGUGAGACAAGAGGGAGGGGAUGUGUCAUUACAACCCUCUGAGCUGAGCCAGAGGCCCCAUUCCAAAAGGCACUGAGUCUUUCAGUGAAGGCCACUGUUGGCUUUGAGAGCAUCUUGCUGUGUUGCUCAGGUUAGUCUCGGACUCCUGACUCCUGCAGCCUUCUCAGUAGCUGGAGCUACUGGUGUGAAUCUCUGUACCCAUGAAGAGGGGCUUUGUGGGUGCUCACAUAAAACUCAGUGAAUCUGUCCUGGUAGUGGGCAGACCUGUGAGCUCAGCCACCUUGUGUUCCCAGUGAGUGACCCGCCACAUCCACACCUGUUUUCCUGCUCUACAUACUGGACUUGGGGUAAGGGGUAAAGGGAACCCAUCUCUUCCUGUGAAUCUGUUGACAAGUCACAGUGAUAUUUAACUGUGGCUGCUCCAGGCACCCACACAGAAACCCCAUGGCUUGGUAUCCACUCCUACCUUAGACAUGGCUUGCUCUGCCAGUCCCCAUGAGACUGUCAAUAUAGCUUCACAACCGUUCCUAGAAAGUCCGUCCACUGUGGCCCAGAGACACCAGGAUGCCAGUGACCCAAGUGAACAGAUGGUUACUGACCUACAUCGUAGGAACUCACCUGUUCCUGACCUCGGGCCACGGGUAGGAGGACAAGUUUUUAUGGUCCCCUUAGUUCACAGGUGGCAUGACCAAGGCCAGGGACAGAAAGUGUCAUUGAGGAUGUCUGGCUCUGGGAAAUGGGUGGCCAGGGAAGGCAGCUGCCUGUGGAAGGGAGCUGGGACACAGGUGUCCCCCAGGACCAGGUAGCCAGAGGGUGGGGGUCAUCAUGCAGCUCCCCACCUUCCUUCUGGAGAUACCAGGAUGCCAGCCUGAGUAUACAGAUGACCAGUCCUAAGCUUCUGGCUACCCCACUGCACCCAUGUGAGCUUCUACAGCCCCGCAAGGAGGGAUUCUGGCCCUGGGUGUUGGGCUGCACACUGUAGGGUCAGGUCCCAAGAUAGACAGAGGAUACCUUUGUGUAUGGAGGGAUCCCCUUCAUCUACAAAGUAACACUAGUCUGAACCUGCUCAAGGGUGGCAUAUGGUGGACAGCUUGGUGUGGUAGAUUGUUCCGAGCUGCAGGAGCAGAGCCCUCUGCAGGUUCAUCUGGAGAAUGCACAGCUGGGAGAGUAGCAAGCUGUGUGGAUUUCUGGGCUGGACUCUAUCUCUGCUUCAGCAAAGACUCUAGAAAUAAAUUCAAGUCAGGCUUCCUGGAAACCCUUGGGACUUUGCACUCAUGUGCCAGCCCCACAUGAUUCGCCUUCCUCUGUGAAUGAGAGAACUGAGUUCAGAAGCGACUCCAAACACCAUGGUGGCUGAUGGCGGGAGCACACACCUCCCUGUGUUCACUCGUGUCCCUGGCAGGUUGCCUGAGAGGACCCACAGGUCAGCAGAGCUCUCGGCAUCUGUGUCCAGGGUAUAACUUGUGGUCAGAGUCUACUUCCAAAUCAUACAUGACAUUCGAGCUAAUGGUGGGAGGAGGCAGAGGCCACCCUGAUAUUUGUGCUGACCCCACCCCUGACCAUGGUCCCAGCUCAUUUCCCUGAAAACAGCUUAAGUGUGAUGAGGUAAACAUUCAGCAGGAAAUACCUUCAUUUGCUUUGGGUGUCAAAGCAUGCUGCCCCUUUAACUGUCUUAGGUGGCAUUGGUAUAUAUCUCCCACAUGAGGCAAGUAUCACCACCUUAAUUGGUUGGUUGGUUGGUUUGGUUUGGUUCUUCAAGACAGGGUUUAUCUGUGUAGCCCUGGCUGCCCUGGAACUCACUCUGUAGAUCAGGCUGGUCUCUAAUUAAUAGAUAUCCUCCUGCCUCUGCCUCUACUUGGAUUAAGAUGUGCACCACCAUGCCCAGCAACCACCAGAAUCUUAAACAGAAUGGCCGGAAUGUUCCUUUGAAGACCUUGAGAAUGGCUACAAGAGGUGAUGGAGAAACAGAGCAGCAAGCUCCUGAGAGAGUGGGGCCAGAAGCCAGGGGACCUGUGGGGCAGAGACAGAGGAAGCCAGAGGUGACUCAGGCUACAUUUGGAGCCUCUUAGUUCAGGAGCCAGUUGGACUUUUAUGUGAAAUAAAACAAAGAUGGAAGAGUG